ACAGAUGUGAUACGACGGUAUUACAAGCCUUUGCUAUUGUUUCCGAUUGUCAACGAUAAAACGAUUGCCUUGGCUAUAAAGAUUACUCGUUGAUCGCGUUAGAGCAUUUUCUGAUAGCGCGCAGUAGAGAGCACACUUCUAGCAGCCCAAUCAGAAGCACUAGUGUUAGCACAGCAAUGCCGCGUUCGUUUCUUGUGAAACACAAAAAGUUGGAAGAGGUUGAGGAGACUUCAGAGCACAGGAGUGCGUUUAGAGUUGUAACUCCACGAAAAAACGAAAUGGCAUCCCCGGAAUUGAAGAAACCGCUGUUAGAUAUGCCAGCGCCCGUUGGGUGCCCCUCCCUGGGGUUGGCCGCCAUUUCCUCCCUGGAGAGACGGGACAAGGCAGCAGACAUUAUGGACCAACAUUUGUCUCCAACCAAAGCAGAGACAAAUACCCCAAAUUCAGCGUUCAGCGCUUUUCGACCUUGGCUCAGCGAACCUACCCAGAACUCCAGAACUGCUCUUACUCUUCCAUGCGAGCCAGUGCGCAGUAUCAUACAGUCCACUGAUUUCCGUGUGAGCUGUACAGACCUGUACCGCUAUCAACUUCUCCACGGCCUGUACAGAUCACCGCUAGAACUCUUCCCCUUUUCGACCCCCAUCUGGCCCAACACCGGACUCUACCAACAAUUCGACAAAAAGAUGUGGAGCUACAAUGUUCCAGCUCGGGAAAAGGGCGGAGAAAGUGUGAACCCCUCUUACGAAAAAGGCUCAUUCGAAUGCGUCAAGUGCCUGAAACAGUUUACGACCCCGCACGGACUUGAAGUGCACGUACGAAGAUCGCACAGCGGCCGUCGGCCGUACGCUUGUGACGUUUGCAAUAAGACAUUCGGUCAUGCCGUGAGCCUGACCCAACACAGAGCAGUACAUAGUCAGGAAAAGAGCUUUCAAUGUAACCAGUGCGGCAAGAGUUUCAAGCGGUCAUCCACGCUGUCCACCCACCUCCUGAUUCAUAGUGAUACAAGACCCUAUCCGUGCCCAUACUGCGGGAAGAGGUUUCAUCAGAAGUCCGACAUGAAGAAACACACGUACAUCCAUACAGGAGAGAAGCCCUAUAAAUGCACUCAUUGUGGAAAAGCCUUCAGCCAGUCAUCGAAUCUCAUCACCCAUUGUCGGAAACAUACCGGAUUCAGACCUUUCGGUUGCCAGAAAUGUGGUCGUGCAUUUCAACGGAAGGUUGACCUUCGCCGCCAUCUUGAAACACAACACGCUGAAGAAAGAAUUGACGAAUCUAAUUCAAGUAUGGACCACGGUGCGGCUCGUGACGCAGCGCCGAUGACGUCACCAGAAGUCUCUCCUGUCGGCAGAAACACCCCACUGAAAUGUAUUCCUCUUACGACACCGGAAGUGUCGCCUGUUUCCCAGCCUUCAUCACAACGUGCUUCCCCUGUAUCUUCAGUGUCAUCGAUUACGUCACCCCAGUUGUCGCCCUUUUCCCAUGGGCAGAGAACUCCGCCUCUCAUCCUGUCUCAGCCUCAGCGACUAGGAGAGGCAAUAGACACUCACAUGUCGGAGAUGUAACCCCCACAAACUCUAAGAAACGAUGCCGAGGUUUUCAUAUUUUCCAUUUUUCCCCCGAAGUUUAGCUCUUGCUGAAGUUUCUUUUUAAACAUAUCCACGUGACUAUUGUUGACAGUUCAAUACCCGAUGCUGUUAUGUGCCAUAUUCCUCGCCAGUGCCAGUUAUUGUCACUCUUUUCUCCUUAAAGAUAUUUAUUUGUAACUUUUUUGCUCAAGUCCACAAUAAGUAUAAUGAUGUCAUUAGGUCACACCAACAUGUUGACAACUUGCUCAAAUGAUAGAAGCCUACAUUGGUGUAGAUCCGAUUGACUCGAGAAGAGCUUGACCUCUCUUCGCAGUUUAGAACAUUCAUGUAAAGUAGUUUAUCUAUUGCAGAUUUUCUUCUUUAUCAUUUCGUUUUUUCAUGAUUGUUACCAUUCGACUGUUUGUUACAAACUGAUUACUUGUUUGAUAUGUAUAUAAAUGAAUUUGAAAGUAUUUGCGUGUAAAUAAACGCAUACUGCC